AUUUCGAGCUGGUGAUGUUGUUUGUCGGCUUCCCCAUUCGUUAUCAGGUUUCAAACAGAUCGUUCCGAACCCAAAGGAUUUCGGCUCAGUUGCUUCGCAGUCAUCACCGUGAUCGGUUCGCUAAUCAGAUCAAGCCGUGUAAAGUGUCUUCAGUGAGUGAAAAUAAAAGUUAAGUCGCAUCAACCAUGAGUUGUCCCGUAGGAAAUCAUAAUGGGGACCCCCAAAGCGGUGAACGGCUAGGAGCAGAAGCCGGAAUGCUGUACGGAGAAUACCUUAUGCUCGAUAAAGUGCUCAGCGCCCAAAGAAUGCUCUCAGUCGAAAGCAACAAACCGGUACAUGAUGAACAUCUAUUCAUCGUUACCCAUCAAGCUUAUGAACUGUGGUUCAAACAGAUCAUAUUUGAACUUGACUCCAUUCGCAACCUUUUUAACACCGAGCACAUGGAAGAAUCGAGAACGCUGGAAAUUUUGAAACGGCUCAACCGAAUCGUCAUGAUUCUUAAGCUUCUGGUGGACCAAGUACCCAUACUGGAGACCAUGACUCCGCUGGAUUUCAUGGACUUCCGUGAUUUCCUGUCGCCCGCUUCCGGGUUCCAAAGUUUGCAGUUCCGCCUGCUGGAGAACAAACUGGGCGUCAAAACCGAGCACCGCGUCAAGUACAACCAAAAAUAUUCGGAAGUCUUUGCCAGUGACCCGUGUGCCAUCGAGAGACUCUCCAUCACUGAGAGUGAACCAUCGUUGGCCGAUCUGGUGCAGAAGUGGUUGGAACGUACUCCAGGGCUGGAAACGAAUGGUUUCAACUUUUGGGGCAAGUUUCAAGGAAGCGUUGAAAAACUGUUGGCUGAUCAGGAAGCUAGUGCUAUGGAAGAAGAACAUGAAAACGUGAAAAACUACCGUCUGAUGGAUAUUGAGAAACGUCGCGAAGUGUACAAGUCGAUCUUCGAUGCAAGUGUUCACGAUGCGCUGGUUGCUCGUGGUGAUCGAAGAUUCACUCAUCGCGCAUUGCAAGGAGCUAUCAUGAUUACGUUCUAUCGCGACGAACCUAGAUUCAGCCAACCGCAUCAACUGCUAAUGUUACUGAUGGAUAUCGAUUCUCUGAUUACCAAGUGGCGAUACAACCAUGUGAUCAUGGUUCAAAGGAUGAUCGGAUCCCAGCAGCUGGGAACAGGCGGAUCAUCAGGAUAUCAAUAUCUUCGGUCCACUCUAAGCGAUCGCUACAAGGUGUUCAUCGAUCUGUUCAAUUUGUCAACUUUUCUGAUUCCACGUAGCUCCAUUCCACCACUUACCAGCGAAAUGCAAAAGGCACUAAAUCUCGCUUGGGGAUCACCGGUCCAUCAAGCAAGGAAAGUCAAUGGAUCAGCAAAUUAAACACAGCAAUUGAAACAUGGAUGAUCACUUCUAGUGUCCUGCUUAUUAUGUUUAGCUACUUCUCCUGAUUUUUAUCAUAUGAACGUAACAAUAGCGAUCGAUUUCUAAUUUUGACACAAAUGUGCUUACAUUGCAGAUUUUAAUAACCAAAUAACUGCAUUGUGCACGUUACGAAUAGUAACGAAAAGAAAUCGAUUACCGUAAACCGGGGUCAAAUUGAUCUCCGGGUCGAAAUUGAUCAGACGUUUUCCGUUAGAUAAAGUAUGUUUUAAAUAGUUUUCUCACAUGUAUCGUGUAGUAUAGGAUUCCUACAUCACGAUACUUGGAAGGAAACUAUGUAGAGUAUGCUUGAUCUAACUGAAAAACGUCUGAUCAAUUUCGACCCGGAGAUCAAUUUGACCCCGGUUUACGGUACUACAGUUUCGUCCAUACAAUAAUUAUCGUGAGAAAUCGUAAGUGUGAAUAACACAGAAGAGCUGAAUCUCUAUAAAAACGAACAAUUUGGGAAAUACAUUUAACCAUAUCCACUCA